AUGCGACACGGCGGCGACCUGGAUGGCUUGGUAGAUACGCUGGACUAUAUCCAUGGCAUGGGCUUCAAAGCCAUUUACUUUGCUGGGACAUUUUUGGAGAACCUACCCUGGGCCUACGAUGGCUACUCACCAGCCGAUACUACUCUCCUCGACAGGCAUUAUGGUACCUUGAAUAACUGGAGACGGACCGUGAAGGAGAUACACAAUAGAGGCAUGUAUGUGCUGGUAGACAAUACGCUUGCAACAUUGAGCAACCUGAUAGGGUUUGAAGGCCACCUGAACGGUUCAGCAGAUUUCAAAGCAAGUGAAUACCGUGCUCAAUGGGUCACGGACAGACAGUACGCCGAUUUUUCGUUUGGGAAUACCUGGAACAACACCUGCACCUAUCCAAGGUUUUGGUACGAAAAUGGGUAUCCACUGGCAAGUAAGGAAGUGGAAGAUCUCAAUGGUUGUUAUAACAGCGAUUUUGAUCAGCACGGGGAACUAGAGGCAUUCGGCAAUUUUCCUGACUGGCAGCGCCAGCUCACAAAGUUUGCCUCGGUGCAGGACCGCCUACGUGAAUGGCACAAGCCCGUGCGCGAUGUCAUCACUCGACACUCCUGUUUCCAAAUCGCCAGCCUAGACAUUGACGGGUUCCGCUUUGAUAAAGCUGUUCAAGCGUCGCUCGAGCCCCUGAGCGAUAUGAUGGCCGUCUAUCGUGAAUGUGCGAAGAAGUUCGGAAAGAACAAUUUUUUCCUUCCCGGUGAAAUUACGUCAGGAAACACCUUUGGUAGUCUCUAUCUCGGCCGCGGGCGUCAGCCAGAUCAGUUGCCUAUUUCUACAGGCGCUGCUACCAAGUUAACAAACGCCUCCGAAGGGGUAUUCUUGAGAGAGGAUGGCUUGCAAGCACUAGAUGCCUCCGCCUUUCACUAUACCAUUUACCGUUCAUUGACCCGUUUUCUGGGAAUGGAUGGUAAUUUGGUUGCAGGAUAUGACUUGUCUACCGAUUUCAUCAAAGCCUGGAAUGAGAUGCUUGUCACAAAUGACUUCUUAAAUGCAUUCACAGGCGAGCUAGAUCCCCGACAUAUGUACGGUGUCUCGAACCAAGAUAACUUCCGCUGGCCAACAAUUCAGAACGGCACGUCCAAAUACCUUUUGGGAUUGAACAUUGUCUCUUUGGUGCUCCCAGGAAUUCCUCUUGUCCUGUGGGGUGAAGAGCAGGCAAUGUAUGUGUUCGAUGCUACCGCUUCUAACUAUCUCUACGGUAGGCAGCCCUUGUCGUCCCAGACUGCCUGGUGGACAAAUGGAUGCUUCAAUCUGAACACUACAAAGUUCUACAAUUUCCCGAUUGAAAAGGGUCGCAAUGGUUGCAAUGAUAUCACUGUCACCUAUGAUCAACGCAAUCCUGCCCAUCCACUCCGCAACAUCAUGAAGCGAAUGUUCGAGAUCCGAACACAACUUCCGGUCGCAAAUGAUGGCUUGUUUCUUCAGACGAUUUCUCAACUCACUGAAGACAUCUACCUUCCUGGCUCAUCAACCACUCCGACGGUCACCGGUCUUUGGUCGGUCUUGCGAGCCUAUUACCCAGAGGUCCAGACAGAAGCAAUCCUGGCUAACGAGACAAUGUGGCUCGUGUAUCAAAAUGGAAACAGGACCAAAUCUUUUGGCGGCAGUUGCAGCAACAGCAGUGCUGCCUUGUUGUCUCCAUUUGUGUCGGGGAAAAGGUUGAAGAACCUCUUUUAUCCCUACGAUGAGCUUGUCGUGGAUGAUGGUCCCACAAACUCCCCCUAUGGAUGCAUUAAGGGCGGCAUGGAGUUGCUUCCAUGGGAAUACCGGGCGUAUGUGGAAACCGAGACUUUUGUGGAGCCUGGCCCUACAGUCACCGAGUUUGUCCCUGGCCACGAUUCUAGGUUGCUAUCUCCAGAAGACACGGCCGAAACGAUCCCUGUACAGCUCGGAUAUUCCGCAGAAAUGACUUGUGACAUCAUUACCAACGGAAUCACCCUGAAAUCCACAACCGAGAAAGGCAUCGACGCCUCAAUUGAUACCGCCAGUGUCAGCUGCACCAAUAUCACUGCCAGGACGACCAGCAACAACUAUAUUGGAGAGGUUCCGACCGUCUGGUCAUGGUCUGCAAACCUGACGAAUGUCCAUCACGGAAUUCAUCAACUCACCGUUGCCAAUGUUUCCACCUCUCACACGUCUGGAGUAUAUACCAAUGCGACCGACAGCUUUUUGAUACGCGUUGGUGUUCACACCAAUCCCCUGAUCACUCCGCUAUCCAAUUACUCCACCAGCCUAGUGCAAAAGUCCGACAACGGGCUCUAUGUCAAGCACAACGCUGCGGGCGCUGAUAAGUUUCGGUACUCAUCUGAUUUCGGAAAUACCUGGUCCAAAUGGAUGGAGUAUGAGGGUGGUAACACGAGUGUUUCCGCGCCGACUUUUACCGGAACAUCCAAGCAGACAUGGAAAGGAACUCACAUCCGCAUGCAAUACUUUUCAAGACUCACUGGGAGUAGCGAUUACAUGCAGGAAGGUGAUUACAAUUGGGAUGAAAGCUCAAUCAGAAGAUUCCCUCACUUGUGGUUCAACGGCCCAUUCAACCAGUACGGUUAUGAUGCGGGACUAGACAACAAAAUGCGGUUCGAUAGCGCGUCUUUGCGCUGGAACUAUGACUUUGUCUACGAAUGGCCAGCCGUAGGGCAGCUGAAUGUCUGGGGUAUUGAUUCGUCGGGUGUUCCGGACAACAAAGAGGUCUACGGUGAUGUGGGCAACUCAUCCACAAUUCUCAAACUUCCCCCAUCUUAUCUCUCUUCCAACGUUAUCAAUAUCAGCGACGCGCCUCCUUUUCCACAUCUUGGCUGGAAGAUCUCUCUCAACGAUGCAAACUUGCGAUAUGAAAAAAUUCCUAUCGGAUCUGGACGGGCCCAGCUUGCUCUCUUCGUUCUUCUGUGGAUUGGUCCGGUCAUUAUGGGUCUGGCUGGUGUCUUGAUCUUUAUCCGAACCUUCUAUCAAGUCAAACUCAACAGAGACGGCAAUACUCUCAAGGUCGAAAAGUUGCCUAACUUGUUCUGGCGUAAAGUCAGAGACAAGCUUUCCAGGAACGGUGACUCGGAUGUCGAAAUUUCAGAAAAGUUUGUACCGACAGGCACUACCGUGGGAGGAGUGGUCAACCAGCGACGUACAGUUUUGAUCGCCACAAUGGAAUAUGACGUACAAGACUGGAAAUUGAAAGUCAAGAUCGGCGGCCUUGGAGUCAUGGCCCAGCUCAUGUCCUUGAAUCUGACGCACCAGAACCUGAUCUGGGUGGUGCCAUGUGUUGGUGAUAUUGAUUACCCCGUGGACACGCCAAUUGAACCGUACGUCGUGACGAUCCUGGAUCGGCCCUACUUAGUCCACGUGCAGUGCCACACCGUGGGGAACAUCACUUAUGUCUUGCUUGAUGCUCCCGUUUUCCGGCAGCAAACUAAAGCGGAACCAUAUCCACCCCGUAUGGAUGACCUUGAAAGUGCGAUCUACUAUUCGGCUUGGAAUCAGUGUAUCGCAGAGACAAUCAGGCGAACACCCUCUAUCGACUUCUACCACAUCAACGAUUUCCAUGGGUGCGUUGCACCGCUGUAUUUGUUGCCGAAACGAACCAUUCCAGUUUGUCUUUCCUUGCACAAUGCCGAAUUUCAAGGUCUCUGGCCGUUGAGAACCCAAAAGGAGAAGAAAGAAGUCUGCUCUGUUUUCAAUCUCCCCGUUGGGAUAGCGAGCAAGUACUGCCAAUUUGGAAGCGUUUUCAACCUGCUCCAUACCGGUGCGAGCUAUCUGCGAUUCCAUCAGCACGGAUUUGGUGCAGUGGGUGUGUCCCAGAAAUACGGAAAGCGCUCAUGGGCUCGAUAUCCAAUUUUCUGGAGCCUUAGCAAUAUCGGUAGCCUUCCGAAUCCAGACCCCUCCGAUACAGGCUCUGUGAAUACGGGCGCAGAAGUGCGGGUCAAUGUUCAAUCUCACGCCGAUCUCAUCCAUAAUAAGCUUCAGACACAGAGAUGGGCCGGUCUGAACGAGGACCCGAAUGCUGACUUGCUCGUGUUCGUGGGACGGUGGUCAAAGCAAAAGGGAGUAGACCUGAUCGCGGAUGUUAUACCAGCGAUUCUGUCUAGCAGACCACUUGUACAACUGAUCGUGGUCGGCCCACUCGUCGACCUAUAUGGCAAAAUGGCUGCUAUAAAGCUCAAGCGGAUAAUGGAAAUGUACCCUGGUCGGGUAUUCUCAAGGCCAGAAUUUACGAUCCUUCCACCCUGUAUAUUUUCCGGUGCCGAUUUCGCCUUGAUCCCAUCGCGAGACGAGCCAUUUGGAUUGGUUGCCGUUGAGUUUGGUCGCAAGGGUGCUCUCGGAAUUGGUUCUCACAUUGGAGGUCUCGGAACAAUGCCUGGCUGGUGGUACACUGUGGAGUCCGACUCGGCUCGUCAUCUUCUGCAUCAGUUGAAGACUGCCAUCAAGUCUGCCUUGGCUUCAUCCCGAGAGACCAGAGAAACAAUGCGUGCAAACUCCGCUAAACAGCGAUUUCCUGUCCUUGAGUGGGUUCAAAAGCUCGAAACGUUGCAACGAACUGCAAUCAAAAUACAUCACGACAAGGACGGAAACCGUGCGAUAGGCCAGGCCCGAGAUUCUCAGAUGAAUUGGAACGUAAGGGGCCCGCUGUUUCCUGGGAGAUCACGUCCAGUAUCCCGUCAGUCAUUAGCAGGGGCUUUGGAAACUCCGCCGGAGACAGCACCGCAGCCCGUUCAGCCUUCUAUUCUAGAUGUACAAGCAACCGGGCUUGAAAAUUUGAACGAGUCCGGCGGUCCCAGCAUCGGCAUGCCGGGCUGCAAACUGCCAUUCGGUCGACGAUUCGGAUCUGGACAGGGCAGAAAACUGCGCGGGAGCCAGUUGUUCGACGGUAAUACCACAGAAGCCCACGGAGAUAACAAUUUGACACCACAGGAGUGGAACGCCGCCAUUGGAGGAUCUAUGGAAGCUAAAAAUUGGCCUCGCGGAUUUCGGGAUCUCAGCUCACCUUCUCGUGACAACAUGUACCUUCAUGACGAAUCAACGUCCGACUCAUCGCGCUUUGUCUCUCUAGACAUCUCUUCAGAGAGAACGCCCGUGGAUUCUGAUGGCUUAGAUUCUGGUAAUGCUACGCCUGCUACGCAUGUCCGCAACCCGUCUGUUCUUUCUCUGCUGUCUGUCUUUGGGGACCACGACCAACCUGUCUUCAAUUUGCAAAAGGUUGACCCAACCUUUACUGACGAAAUGGGUCACUUCGCACGUAACUUUGAAAGGCUACUCACCAGCCUCAACAAGAAUAACUCAAUCACCGAUCACUGUAUUGAUGUCUAUUUGAUGAAAAGCGAGCGGAAAUUCUUCGACAUGUACACCGACGCGCAGUUGAAAAAGCAGCCCAAUGUGGAGGAGCGUUCCCUGACUGGAGCUGGCUUGAGCUAUGCUGUUGAUGACACAGAGUAUGACAGUGUCUCACUUCCCCCUGGACGCUCGGAAUCAAAUGGAGCGGAUGGCAUCGAUCAAUGGCUCUCCCGUCUUGGAUACAAAAGACCCAUCGCGAUUCAGAGAUUUAUGAGAUGGCGUAUUGGAAACUGGCCUGUCUACGCUUUAUUUUUGGGCCUGGGCCAGAUCAUCGCCACUAACUCGGCGCAAACUACUCUCUUGGUUGGACAUAUCGGCGAAACUGCCGUCAAACUCUAUAUCAUUGCAGCUGUCUACUGUCUGUCUUCGAUUGCUUGGUGGUUUUUGUUUUGUUGCUUCCCAUCCGUGAUAUGCCUCGUCCUUCCUUGGUUCAUAUACUGCAUUUCAUUCGCUAUCAUAGGCAUUUCUCCAUUUGCACACUCAUCUACCGGUCGGGCAUGGGCCCAGUACGUUGGCGCAGGCGUCUAUGCCGCCGCCUCCUCAAGCGGCUCUUUGUUCUUUGCACUCAAUUUCGGUGAUCAAGGAGCCCUCCCGGUCAAAGAUUGGAUGUUCCGAGCAAGCUUCAUACAGGGCAUACAACAGCUAUACACGGUCGCUCUAUGGUUUUGGAGCUCUAAAGUCUCUGCAGUGGAGGUUGAAGGCAUCUCAACAGCUGCCUUGAGCUCAUGGAGACUCACGGCUGUCUUGAUGCCCAUCGCCGCAGCGUGUUUCACCAUUGGUGUGCUUCUUGCCCUAGGCCUGCCCGAUUACUACCGUCAAGCCCCCGGAAAGAUCAUAUUCUUCUACACUUCGAUCUUCCGUCGGCGCAUCGUUCUCUGGUUCUUUUUCAUGGUCAUCAUUCAGAACUGGUUCCUCUCCGCAGUGUUUGGUCGAAAUUGGUCAUUUCUCUGGUCCUCUCAGCAUGCCAAACCGUGGCAAGUUCUUCUCUUGGUGAUUCUAUUUUUUGUUGCUGUUUGGACUCUGAUGCUAUUCGUCUUCCGCGACUUGUCAAAAGAGCACAGUUGGAUCUUACCCGUCUUCGGUCUAAGUCUCGGUGCGCCACGCUGGGCGCAAACAUGGUGGGGAGUAUCCAACAUCGGCUACUAUCUGCCAUGGGCCGGGGGUAUGACUUCCGGAGCCCUUAUAUCGCGAUGUCUCUGGCUCUGGCUUGGCGUUCUCGAUGAGAUUCAACAAGUCGGCCUGGGGAUGAUUCUCUUGCAGACUCUAACAAGGGUUCACGUCUGCUUCGUCCUUCUGGCUGCGCAAUCUAUCGGAUCUAUCGCUACAAUCUGUGCACGUGGAUUUGCGCCUAAUAAGCUCGGCCCAGCAGGUGUCUCUCCAGAUGUGGGCUCAUCCCUGGAUAAAGUUGGCAAUGCGUGGUUUUGGAUUGCCCUUUCCUUCCAGCUUUUCGCUAGCUUGGGUUUUCUUCUCUUUUAUCGCCGAGAGCAGCUUAACAGGCCGUAA